AUGGGAAAUACUUUGGUCUGAGGCACCUACAAAGGUGAAUGGUCCUCAGGCUCGGCAGUUCACACCUUGUAUCAAACAGAUAAACUUCCCCACAAACUUAAUCCGACUGGAAGUGAACAGCUCUCUUCUGGACUACUACACUGAACUGGAUGCUGUGGUACUACAUGGUGUGAAAGAGAGACCUGUGCUCUCACUUAAGACUUCCAUGAUUGAUAUGAAUGAUAUAGAUGAAGAGGAGGAUGAAGAAAAGUUUGGCUGUGGAAUGGACACCCUUAACAAACAGUUCAGCAUUGUUACCCUCAGGGAAUGGUCAACUAAUGGAUAUUUUGAUAAACUGCCUUAUGAGCUCAUCCAGUUGAUUUUGAGUCACCUUACAGUACCAGACCUGUGUAGACUAGCACAAACUUGUAAGCUACUAUAUCAACAUUGCUGUGAUCCUCUGCAGUACAUUCAUCUCAGUUUACAACCUUACUGGGCAAGGAUUAAUGACACAUCUCUGGAAUACCUACAGUCUCGCUGCACUCUCAUCCAGUGGCUGAAUUUAUCUUGGACUGGAAACAGGGGAGCCAUCUCUGUUUCUGGAUUUAGCAGGUUCUUGAAAGUUUGUGGCUCUGAACUAGUACGUCUGGAGUUGUCUUGUGGCCAUUUCCUCAAUGAAACAUGCUUGGAGGUCAUUACUGAAAUGUGUCCAAAUCUUCAGGAAUUAAAUCUAUCAUCAUGUGAUAAAAUACCACCUCAGGCUUUCAACCACAUAGCCAAAGUGAGCAGCCUAAAGCGUCUCAUCCUCUACAGAACGAAAGUGGAGCAAACAGCCCUACUCAGUAUUUUGAACUUCUGCUCAGAGCUGCAGCACCUCAGCCUGGGCAGCUGUGUCAUGAUUGAAGACUAUGAUCUUAUAGCAAGCAUGAUGGGAGCAAAAUGCAAAAAGCUUCGCAGCCUGGAUUUGUGGAGAUGUAAAAACAUAACUGAGAGUGGAAUCGCAGAAUUGGCUGCAGGCUGCCAGCUCUUGGAAGAACUGGAUCUUGGUUGGUGCCCCACGUUGCAGAGCAGCACAGGCUGUUUCACAAACCUCGCACGUAAACUCCCAAAUCUGCAAAAGCUCUUCCUUACAGCCAACAGGUCUGUGUGUGACACAGACAUCGAGGAGCUGGCUGCUAACUGCACACACUUACGGCAGCUGGAUAUACUGGGUAAGGAAACACAGCAAUGUUGGUGUUUGUUUCACUGUGUCUCAGAAGCCUUGCUGGUCAAAAGGAGUCCUUGGGAUGAAACUGUCUUCUAG